CAGCCAACUCUACGUACUACAACCCAACACCUCUGCAAUGCGUUUGACCAUUUCCACUUUGGUAUCGAUCUUAGCUUCGGCUGCAGCUGUUACUGCGCAUAACAUCCAGUUACACGCCCACAGCAGAGAAUGCUUUCACGAGACGCUACACCGAGAUGACCGGAUGACCGUAACCUUUCAAGUCGGCGAUCGGGAAUUUGGCGGAGCCGGGAAUUUGGAUAUCGAUUUCUGGAUUCAAGAUCCCUCCGGUACUCUGAAGGUUAGCGAGCAUGCGGUCUCAGCCGGUGACCAUUCAUUCGAGGCACAUCUUGAUGGCAGAUAUAUCUACUGCUUCUCCAACGAGAAUAGCAGCGUCGGUUCAAAGGAGGUUUCAUUCAACGUUCACGGCAUCGUCUACGUACCGGAGGAGCCCGAGUCUUCAGAUCCCCUGGAACGCGAGGUCAGGAGCUUGGGAGAGAUGUUGAACCAGGUCAAGGAUGAGCAGGAGUAUAUUGUUGUCCGGGAACGCGUGCACAGAAACACCGCUGAGAGCACGAACUCGAGAGUUAAGUGGUGGAGUAUUUUCCAGUUGGGUGUUGUUGGCGGAAAUGGUGUUUUCCAAGUGUGGUACCUGAAGCGAUUCUUCGAGGUGAAGAGAGUCGUUUAAGUUUGUAGUCUCUUUAGGUCUUUAAAUUGGUUGGAAGGAUGCAGAUUAUUGCCUUUUUUUUUAUUUUUAAUUUUUAUUAUGAUAUUCUGUAAACGAAAUAAUGGGAUUGUUGGAGCUCAGAAUGAACACAUUGGCUAGAA